ACGAACUCUCCCGGUUGCGAUCCCGUGAUCACGCAGCAACAGCUGCUACUCUAGUCUCCGGCCACUUGCUCGAUUAGCUGCUUGCUACUAAAGUUUAGCUUUUUUUUCUGUUUGUCUCGUCGUCGAUCACGGCCCGGGGGCCCUGGUGACGAGCCACCAACCGCCUGAGCCGCACACCUCACCUCACCUCACCUCCAUGUCGCUUUGCUUGAGCUGAAAGCACUUGCGACGCGGGCACACGCAGCUCGCAUUGACGCCGCGGUCGGGCCGGGGCUCCGCAUCCAGCCCGGGCGAUCUCUUUCUUUCCUCCCCGCCUCGCUCGCUCCCCGAGUCCCCAGCACCAGCGCCGCUAUAAGAAGCAGGGCUCCGCUCUGCCUGCCCAACCAACCAGCAGCAUCCGGCCGGCGACCACCGUCCGCCCGUGAGUGAGCGAGCGGCGGCGCACUACCGUACAAUGGCCCGGGCUUCCUCUCCCCACCAGUUCCUUGGAGCGGCGGUCACGGUGGCGCUUGUAGUCCUUGCCGCCGCGCCGUCCGCGCUUGCCGGCGACCCGGACUACCUCCAGGAUCUCUGCGUCGCCGACCUCAACUCCGAGCUGAAGGUGAACGGGUUCCCGUGCAAGGUGAACGCCACCGCCGACGACUUCUUCUCGAGCGUGCUGGCCAAGCCGGGCAACACCACCAACGCCGUGGGCUCCGUGGUCACGGGCGCCAACGUCGAGAAGGUCCCGGGGCUCAACACCCUGGGCGUCUCGCUCUCGCGCAUCGACUACGCCCCCGGCGGGCUCAACCCGCCGCACACGCACCCGCGCGCCACCGAGCUCGUCUUCGUCCUCUACGGCACCCUCGACGUGGGCUUCGUCACCACCGCCAACAAGCUCGUCGCCAGGACCAUCUCCCAGGGCGACGUCUUCGCGUUCCCGCGGGGGCUCGUGCACUUCCAGAAGAACGCCGGCGACGAGCCCGCCGCCGUCAUCUCGGCCUUCAACAGCCAGCUCCCCGGCACGCAGUCCAUCGCCAUGACGCUCUUCGGGGCCUCGCCCGAGGUGCCCGACGAGGUGCUCGCCAAGGCGUUCCAGAUCGGCGCCGAGGAGGUGGACAAGAUCAAGGCCAAGUUCGCGCCCAAGAAGAGCUGAGGACCCAGGUGGAACUGAUUUUGGUCUGACCAUCAGUCGCUGAUGAUGAUAUUGGUAUGCAUUGGUUGGUUCGAAGUUCGAUUAUUCUGCUGUUGCUUCGUUUGCUUCAUUGCUUGUGAUUGAGCGUGCAAUGCAAUCGUACGCGUCGUUGGGUUUGUGUUGUGUGUGAUGAUUGUCGGUUAAGUGUGAGUGUGUGACCUGCAGAAUGAGUUGGUAGGUGCCUCUCUCUGUCUUGUAAUAAGCUGCAGGCCUGAUGGAGAACAUUCUGUUCAUCUUAUAUUAUUCAGAAGCUCAAUCAUUUGUAAACCACGCCUACCUUUUUAAAUAUUUAUAUUUACUUAAGAAGAAAAAUCUAUAUA